UGACGAAGCCCGCUCGCACGGUUCCAGUCGAGUGAACGCGUUUGUAAAUCCUAGACGUGACCGCCCGAUCCACUGGUCUAAACACGGUAACGAUUCAGAAUUAAGUUUUCUCUUGGGAUCACGAAUUCAUUAUUUCGGUGGAAGUACACCACAGAAUGGAACAUAUGGCUAAUAUUAUUCCAUAAGGACCGUACGAGGCCAAUUUAUGAUAAGAAUCUUGGAGUACGUUAAACGACUGUCGAAUCUGAGGAAGGGCUGUUUAUCUUGGGAUUACGGUACUGGCCCCUCCCACUCCCCGACUCAUCAGUGACAUUCGUGGAUCGGAUUUAACCAAUCUCAAGAAACAUUCCGAAGCAAGUGUCGUUUUCAGGAGAAGAUGCAUUCUUAAGGAUGCGAUACUGAAUACAGAGUAAAGAUACCAAAUCAACACGAACAACAUACCUUUGGAUUGAUAAACACGACUAAGGAAAAAUCAUUUUGUUAUAGUGAUACCCCAGGGAAAAAAUAACCCAAAUACUACUCCGACACCCCAGCGAUGACUUAUCAAGUUACGUUUUGUGUUUUGUGUGUUGCUGUGUUGUUCUGCGUCCCGAUACAGGGAGGAAUUUCUAAUUCACUGACAAACACUGUGUGUCAGAGGGCGAAUAGUGGGUGUAGGUGUGCGACAGAGUCCGGCGGCCUUACGGUGACGUGCUCGGGGCGCCAGGAGCCGGCAUUUCCCCUAGACCUGCCCUCGCAGGCCACUAAGAUCACUUUACAAAAUUACCAAGUGCCUAACCUCACCCAAUCGGAUUUGUAUGGGGCGGUAAAUUUAAGAGAACUGAACAUCCUCAACUGCCAGAUCCAAACUAUAAGGAAUUCGGCUCUAUACCAUCUAUAUAAGUUACAGAAAAUAGAUCUAUCGGGAAACGCAUUGUCUUCCGUGGGAAAGAACGUAUUCUACCACUUAGUGCAGCUGAGUGUGGUUGAUCUCAGUUUCAAUCGCAUCAGCUACAUCGCAGGAGAAGCGUUUUACUCCCUCCAUAAUUUAAAGAUCUUAAAUCUUGAAGGCAAUCCACUUCACUGCAACUGUGAAAUGAAGAGGUUUAAAGAUUGGGCGUUCUUAAGAACGGGGCAGGUGACAUUGCUGGAGGCUAAAUGUGCCAACAAAAAGAACCUGCCUCUCUUUGAUAUCACAGAUUUUGGCUUAUGUACAGAUUCCACUUUGUUCCGGAGUCAUAGUUGUAACUUGUGUAGCGGAGCAUUUUCCCACAAUGACUGUGUAUCUCAAACGUGUACAACAAAGCAGACAUGCUUCUCGCAAAUCGACUUUUCAACUAGCAAGGUCUUCAUCAACAAAGGCUGUACUACGGACCAAGAUUGUGCGCAUCGAGAAAAACAAAACAUCCACUCUUGUUACAAUGGAGAGGGUGCGCGGACAUGCUAUUUUUGUUGCCUUGGUGACAAAUGUAAUGAUGCUAAACGUGGUCGAAGGACAAAAGAAGUACAUUUUUACAUUCCUGUUACGAUGGUGGAACCAGCAGAUCCUUAUCUUUCUCAGGAUUAUAACAACACUGUUGAAGCAUCCCUGAACAACAUGAGGUAUAAAGUUCUAUCCAAUUUUCAUUCAAGCAAUUGCUCAUUUUCCCAAAAUGACAUCUCCGUACAGCAUGUAGGGCCACCCCAAUUUACGAUUUAUUUCAACGCCAUCUGCACGACAUUGAAAGAGUACAAGAAUGAGGAGAUAAAGAACACACUGGAGAGUUAUCUGAAGACCCUGUCCUCAACCUCGGGAUUUCGACAGCGCCUCCUCAGAACUGACAUCUUCUACAGAGAUGUAGGUAUCUGUGAGGCUGAAGAAGCGACGAACUAUGACAUCCGUGGUAUUUGGCCAGCAACACAAUAUGGGCAGACAGCGCAGAUCUAUUGUGCAGAAAAUUUACUUGCUAAACGUCUGUGCACGGUAAACGGUUGGGAUGCGGAACCUUUAUGUCCUAUAACACUCGGUCAAACAAGCACCACGAGCACCACCAGAACCACUGUUACAACUUCCCCAACCACCACCGUCCCCACUACCACUCUGCCCUCGUUAGAAGAGCUCUCAACCCUCACCGUGGAUGAUAACUCGGCAGAUCAGAUAGCCGAACAACUUUACAAACAAACAGAAGAUGCUUCUAGAUUUACGGAUAGAGACAUAAAUAUGACAGUUUCUCUGCUGGAGGAUCUGGAGAAACUGCAAAGCACGUUCACGGCCGAGCAGAGAGAGAAGAAUAUUGUAGGGGUCAUCAGCCACCUCCUGAACGCUGCUGAUAGCCAGUUCAGUCUUGCGGAACGAGAAUUUAAAUCUGCAAGCAGAUUGCUUAGCUCUAUUCAGACAUUAUCAACAUCUACCAGCCUAGCAAAGGGAGAUUUUAAAGAAAUUGGUUCGAACGUUGGAAUUAUUGCCACGCCUACCAACAAAGCAAAUUUCAACGGAAUCGUUCUAGCCACUUCAGCUCACCCGAGCAGCGAUCUGGACGACUCUAAUCUAAUUCUACGAAAGGACGGAAACAUCCCCAGAAAUUCGUCCUCCUGGAUCCACCUUCCUAGUCAGCUGAUGUCUGAACUUCCGGUUUCCUCUCAGCCAUCAAGAGUAACUCUAGCGGCCUUCAAAAACGACCGAUUAUUUAGGGCUAUACGGUCAACAUCUAAAGCAGAUCCUGAUGAUGAUGACGACAUAAUACUUAAACGUCAGUCGAAUAGCAUCAUCCUGUCUGCGCAGAUCCCCAGUGUGGAGGUCGAUGGUCUGGGCACGCCCAUAGAAAUGCGAUUCCAGCAGAACAUUAAGGCCCGAAACGAGAUUACGGAUGCAGCGACUGCAGAGAACGCCACGUGUGGAUAUUUCAUUGAAACGGGACCCAACAAAGGUCACUGGUCAAGUAAAGGUUGCGUGGUCAAAGAUCACGUGCGCGGGGAAUACACAGAGUGUCAGUGUGACCAUCUGACCAAUUUUGCCCUGUUGAUGGAUGUGUACGGUGUGGGGGGAGACAUCAGCGAGGCCAAUAGAAUAGCCCUGACCUACCUGUCGUACCUGGGAUGUGGAAUCUCGCUCCUCGGUCUAAUUCUCACCCUGAUUACCUAUUUCAUGUUCAGAAAACUACGCAGUCAUAAUCCAGCCAAGAUUUUGAUCAAUCUGUGUAUUGCAAUUUCCGCCACUGACCUGAUAUUUCUGGCCGGUCAACAGGAGUACGCUCUAAACAGUGUAGUAGGCUGCAAGAUUGUGGCUGCCUUACUCCAUUUCUUCUUACUGUCGGCCAUGUGUUGGAUGCUUGUGGAGGCUUAUUAUAUGUACAUCGCUCUCAUCCAAGUUUUCAAUUCAUACAUAUCAUAUUUCCUGUUGAAAAGUGUCACUGUUGGAUGGGGUAUACCCUUGGUCAUUGUUGCAAUAACUCUAGGAGUGAACACAACCGAUAAUUAUGGAAACCAAAGAGGAGGAAUAUGUUGGCUGAAUCCGAUUCCAUUUUACGCAUCGUUUCUCGCUCCAGUGGCUUUGAUCAUCAUAAUAAAUUUCAUUGUGUUCAUCAUGGUUCUCCGCCAACUUAUGGGAGCCGCGACGAAAAAUAUUGACAAAAGUGACAGAAGCAAAACCUCUUCACGUCUGCGCGGAGCCGUGACUUUAGUUAUUAUGUUGGGACUCACUUGGGUGUUUGCCAUUUUGGCCAUCGAUGGAGGGGCACCAGUUUUUCAGUAUCUAUUUACGAUAUUCAACUCUCUACAGGGAUUGUUCAUCUUUGUUUUUCACUGUUUGCUUAAAACGGACGCUCAGAAGGCGUGGAAGAGGACUUGCUGUGCUGGAGACAAAGACCUAGACUCCAAGACGUCUAAAGGCUAUUCCAGCAACGGACAGGACAUGUCGAAAUCCACUGUCUCCUUCUCCGACAUUAAAACUGACAUCAAACAGAGAGAGAAAUCAACAAACGGCGUUUCCGGAAAAUACCGUGUCUGAGGACACCCAUCAUAUUCUGGAUCACGUGAUCGACACCUAUAAUAUUCCGUGAUUGAGCGAAAAUCAAACAUCAGAUCAUGGAGGAUUUCUUUGAUUGUUAGGAGCUAUUGUUAUCACGAAUCUGCUUAAAAAACCAAUGAAGAAUCAUACGUUUCUGACAGGAAAUAAUAACCGCUUUCUUUAACAGUCAUGACACAGUGUACAUGGAGAUAUUCAAUAAAAUAACACAUGGUAUGUUCAAUGCACAUGUAGGUAUUCGAUGAAUACGCAAUUUCCUAGUUGCCCAAUAGUUAUUUCCCUUUGUUAACUCUUACGCACGGCGAGGCGCAAAAUGUGUUGUCGUAUUUACGCGGUGUGUACAAAUGCUUAUCGCUGCGUUCAUGUAUUGCCUAAAGGAUGGUUAACAGACAUCAUGCAACCACCCGAAUUGCUGGGACACACAUAUUUCGUAAGGUUAAGAGUAUUACAUAAUAAAAUAGAUCAAACAAAAAUCUAUAAUCACAUCUUUCUUCCAUUAAAGUAUCACUCGAGUAGGGGAGGGAAUAAAUAAUAUCAUUUUUAAUUUAGUUACCAAAUUCAAACAAAUUGUUCUUGGUGUUAUCAGUUUAGUGUAUACCAAGGGCUGAUAUAAACAAAUUUUAUGCUUUCAUACCUUUUAUCCUUAUUUAUGUAGCUAGUAUAUACCGUGUGUAUACAUCUUGCACGCAGUAAAGCGUUCAACAGAAUACUAAACGUACCUCCAUAACGAAAGAGCUAUUAUCUCGGAAAUUGCGUAUUGAACUAACACAUGCUAUAUUUUAUAUUUGUAAUAACCGAAGAGAUAGCCUGUAGAGAAUGUUAAGCAUACUUCCCCUGUACAACAAAUGAUGAAAGUUGUGAAAACGAAUACUCAUUAAUCUUUAUUCUUACAUAUAUCUAAAAAUACAUGUACGUGUUAAUGCAGUAUUUCUACUCCGGCAAUGAUAAUUAAUGUUCAUAUGUAUAUAUCAAUUUUGUGACAUGUUCAUGAUUAUAAUACUUCAAAACAUUUACGUUAUGUCCAUGAAGAUUAAAUUUCAUAUUGCAUGUGAACUCACAAGUACAUUUCUUCAUCAAUUCAUUGUAAAUAUAAUCAUUCACGAAA